GGCCCGCCUCGCGGGGGAGAACGGCCUCGGCAGUCCGGAGGCACCGGGGCUGUACGGCAGCCUAUGCGCCGAAGGGCUGCGCGCCGCGGGCUUGGGCAGGCCCGGCCUCCUCCCGCGCCCUUUGGGCCCCCGCCACGAGCACCUCUGAGCUUCCCUGCACCCCUCUUUCCAAACCCCUCGCACGCCUUCCCUCCGUUCAUCUUACCGCACGCCUCCCCUUUCCCCCUGCAAACCCUUUUCGCCCAUGCCUCCCUCUCCCGGCGUCGCUUCCCCGCGCUGUCCUCCGCCCUUCAGCACCUUCGCCCUGCCUUCCUCCCCCUCCCCCUCUCCUUCCUUUCCUCUCCCCUCCCUUCUUCCUGAGACCCAUCCCUACAAGGCCUCUUCUGUCCAACCUUAGCCUGUCCCUCACCCCUUCCCUGUGUCUCGUCUCAUGAGCCACCUCAGAGUGGGGGCAGAUUGUGAGGCUCCCCCCACAGCAGAACCUCUCGGUGGAGAGGCCUCUAGGCCAUCCCCCAUGUGACAGUUGAGGGCUGCGGCUUGCAGAAAGACAGGAGCUGAUUGCCCUGUACUCCAGUUCUGGCUGUAGAGUGACCCAGUUCCUCUGCUACCAUGAACAGGGCCCCUUUGAAGCGGUCCAGGAUCCUGCACAUGGCACUGAUGGGGGCUUCCGACCCCUCCGGAGAGGCAGAGGCCAGCAAGGAGAAGCCCUUUCUGCUGCGGGCGUUGCAGAUCACGCUGGUGGUGUCUCUCUACUGGGUCACCUCCAUCUCCAUGGUGUUCCUGAACAAGUACCUGCUGGGCAGCCCCUCCCUACAGCUGGACACCCCCAUCUUCGUCACCUUCUACCAGUGCCUGGUGACCACGCUGCUGUGCAAGAGCCUCAGCAUACUGGCGGCCUGCUGCCCCAGUGCCAUGGACUUUCCCACCCUGCGCCUGGACCUCAGGGUGACCCGCAGUGUUCUGCCCCUGUCUGUCGUCUUCAUCAGCAUGAUCACCUUCAAUAACCUCUGCCUCAAGUACGUCGGCGUGGCCUUCUACAACGUGGGCCGCUCACUCACCACUGUCUUCAAUGUGCUGCUGUCCUACUUGCUGCUCAAGCAAACCACCUCCUUCUAUGCCUUGCUCACCUGCGGCAUCAUCAUCGGUGGCUUCUGGCUUGGUGUGGACCAGGAGGGGGCUGAGGGCACCCUGUCUUGGACAGGCACCCUCUUUGGCGUGCUCGCCAGCCUCUGUGUCUCGCUCAACGCCAUCUACACCAAGAAGGUGCUCCCGGCCGUGGAUGGCAGCAUCUGGCGUCUGACCUUCUACAACAACGUCAAUGCCUGCGUCCUCUUCCUGCCCUUGUUCCUGCUGCUGGGGGAGCUUCAGACCCUCCGUGACUUUUCCCAGCUGGGCAGCGCCCACUUCUGGGGCAUGAUGACCCUGGGCGGCCUGUUCGGCUUUGCCAUCGGCUACGUGACGGGACUACAGAUCAAGUUCACCAGCCCCCUGACCCAUAACGUGUCCGGCACCACCAAAGCCUGUGCCCAGACGGUGCUGGCUGUGCUCUACUACGAGGAGACCAAGAGCUUCCUCUGGUGGACAAGCAACAUGAUGGUGCUGGGGGGCUCCUCUGCCUACACCUGGGUCAGGGGCUGGGAGAUGAAGAAGAUUCAGGAGGAACCCAGCCCCAAAGAGGACGAGAAGAGCAGCAUGGGGGUGUGAGCUCCUGCAGGGACCUGGGGAUGGCCCAGUGGGGGAGAAUGCCCAGGGCCGCUCUCUGGACCCUGAGAGGUAGUCUGGAGGGGGUAUUGUUUACAAACCUGCUCACAAAUCGGGUGGUUGAAAUAGAGCCAGUGUUUUCAAAUGA